GAUAUGGAUGAUUUAAGAAGAGAAGAUGUCUACGAGAGUGAAAAAGUAACGUUCCUUUCUUGAGCUUACUAGCUUGAGUUUCUUACAACUAGUGGGUUCAUUACAGAGCACAUAGGUUGGAGUGGGAAGUGUCAUUUUACCGACAAACAGUCAGGUGUCUGCUAGUCUGCGAGUGCUAACCCAAUUAGUUUCCUUGCUAAAAGCCAAGAAGUUCAAAUUUUCAGUCUGCAAAUCGCGCCCCGCCCUCUCGCUGCAAGCCUGCAAUGGCGCUGCCUUCGUCCUUCCGAGAACGGCUUCAGCUCUUGGAGGCCACUCGAAACCAAAGGCUCUCUCUCCUCCAGGCCGAGAAAGAGCUGCAGGCUAACAAGUCUCUGCUCCUAGUGUCGAAGCUCUCCAAUUUCAGAUCCACGGAGCUACGGUGUUUGAUGCUGGAGCAGAAGAUUGCAUCGCAGAACUUCCAAAUCUCCUCGCUCAAGUCUGAGAUCGCGUGCCUUAAUGCCAACUAUCAGAAUUUCGCGCAGCAACUGAGGCUUUUGAAGAGUGAGGCGGAGGAGCUUGAGAAGUUGGAGAAGGACAAGCAGAGGUAUUACGACUUGAAGGGUCUUGAAAUGGAGGAAUUUAGGGGGAAAGUGGAGUAUUUUGCUGUGGAUUGUCGAGCGCAAGUGCAAGAAUUGAUGGCCAGAAAAAACGAGCUCAAGUCAAGUUUUGUGGAACUUCAAGGAAACAAUGGAAACUUGAGUAAUUCUGCAAUAGCAGCAGCUGAGAGGAGAAAAUCUGAACUUCUAGCUAUGAAGGAAAAUUUGGACAUGAGUUUGGCUUCUAAUUACCAACUAAGAGCACAAUUGCAAAAGCAGCUUCGGGAUAUAUUAGUUGUACAAAGUCAAGAGAGAAGAAAACCAUCUGUCUUGAGUACAGCACCCACAAGAAACUGAUGAAGCUCCUGCCACUGCGGAUUAUGAACCAAGCCUUACAGGAAGCAAGCUCCCCUGAACAAAAUCCUGAGGGUCCUGAUCAUCACUGUAAACCAAUAGGUCAUUUGGGUUAUUGCUAGUGCUUUCAUUAUUUGGUGCUCUUGUCUUUUGUUCUUGCUGGGGAUGGACCAGAUAGGAAAGUCAAUCCAUAAGAAAAUAUUCCUACCUAAAGUCACUUUGUGUACAACAGAAAAUAUACCAUGUAAAAACCAUAAUUUUUCUAGAAAUGCGAAUUAUGUUGAUUGAAAAUUUAAAAUCAUUA